CGUCCCCGCGCGACGCCGGCGCGACCCGCGACAGUUCGCGCCGACGCCGGCGCACGUCCGUUCGCCUCGCACCGAGCGCCCGCGACCGAGCGCCGAUCGGCAUCGCGCGCGCGUGACGCCGUCGCAGAGCGAAUCCCGCGACCGACGCAUCGCAUCGCCACCGUCGCCAUGUCCGCCGCGCUCGCACCGCGCGCGAUCGCCGUCGGCGCCCGCGCGACGCGAAAACCGACGAAGAAAAACUUUCGUCACGCGUUGCGCGCGGUCGUGGACAGCGAGACGCCGCAGGGAGACCAAACGAAGCCGAUGCAGGUGCAACGCCCGACACGCGAUGCGGUGACGCUGCGUCCGGCGGGGGUGAGCGACGCGGUGGUGGAUUCGAGCAAGGCGCUCGAGGCGCUCGCCGCGCUCGGAGGAAAUCCGUACGAGAGCGAACGCAAGUCGUCCAUCGUGACGGUGGGAUUGAGCAUUCACAACUGCCCGGUGGAGAUUCGGGAAAAGAUGGCGGUGCCGCCGGAGGCUUGGAACGAUGCGGUGGCGGAGCUUUGCGCGUAUCCACACAUCGAGGAGGCUGGGAUCCUGUCGACGUGUAAUCGCAUGGAGAUUUACGUCGUGGCGCUGAGCUACGAGCGUGGGUUGAAGGAGGUCGAGGAGUGGAUGGUGAAGCACUCGGGCGUGGAUGUGGAGUCGCUUCGCGAGCACUUGUUUGUGCUCAAGGAUCGCGAGUCCACGGGACAUUUGUUGAAGGUUUCGGGUGGGUUGGAUUCGGUUGUGAUGGGUGAAGGACAAAUCUUGGCGCAGGUGAAGAGCGUAUUCGCGAUGGGUGAAAGUGAAAAGGCGUUUGGUCGCCACUUGACUGGGUUGUUCAAGGCGGCCAUCACCGCCGGGAAGCGCGUGCGCAGCGAGACUUCCAUCGCCUCUGGCGCCGUGUCUGUGUCUUCCGCCGCGGCUGAGCUGGUGCAGAUGAAGCUUCCUUCGCAAUCGUUCGAAGGCGUCAGGGUGCUCAUCGUCGGUGCGGGGACGAUGUCCAAGCUCUUGGUCAAGCACUUGGCGUCCAAGCGCUGCACGGAGAUGACCAUCGUGAACCGUACCAAGCCGCGCGCCGAGGCGCUCGCAGAAGAGUUCCCGGAGGUUAAUAUGCGUAUCGAACUCAUGGAUCAGUUCCUGACGCUCGCGGGCGAGCAUGACGUGAUUUUCACAGCCUCCAGCGCGGUCGAUCCGAUCAUUUGCAAGGACGACUUGGCCAAGAUGUCGGUGUGCGGCGACGCCGUCGGCGGCAAGCGUCGCUUGGUGGACAUUGCCGUGCCGCGUAACGUGGACGCUAACUGCUGCGAAGACCCCAACACGCUGGUUUACAACGUUGACGACCUGAAGGAACUCGCUGAGAUCAACAAGGCGAAGCGCGAAGCCGCGGGUCUCGAGGCUGAAGCGCUUUUAUUAGAGGAGCAACGCAACUUCGAGGCGUGGAGAGAUAGCUUGGAAACCGUCCCGACGAUCAAGCGCUUGCGUCAAAAGGCUGAAAAUAUCCGUAGCGCGGAAUUGGAUAAGGCUAUGACCAAGCUCGGCGAUGGGUUGACGAACAAGCAAAAGAAGGCCGUCGAGGAACUCUCCCGGGGCAUCAUCAACAAGAUUUUGCACGGCCCGAUGGCGGCGCUUCGCUCGGAUGGCUCCGACCCCACCGCCGUCGCUUUGACCCUCGUCAAUAUGCACGCACUCGAGCGUAUGUUCGAUUUGCGCAAUGUCGACGAAGACUAAGCAGUCGGCGACAAUUAAGCCCUGUUAUUAUCGCGCGCAAGCGCGACUUCACGUUGAUUUCUCCUAGUCUGGCGACCGACGGACGUCGGUGCCUCUCUCGAAUCUCGACCAAUACAACCGAGUCAUUCGAGCCACAUUCAAGUUCCAUCGCGCGCGCGCGCGGUGGUGCAGCUGACUGAGCGCCUCUUUAAGCUUUAGUUUUCGAGAACCUGUAAAAUACGUCUAUUCUGAAUCGAAGUCAUUGCCGCGACUCAACCGCCGCGCGCG